AUGGACCACAGGAAUAUUCUGGACGAACGAAUCGACCCAAUCGAUAUUUUUCAAACUCGAGAAGCUUACCAAAGACAAGCCGCUAUCGGAUCUCCAAGCAUUGCCGCCAAGUUUUCCUAUGCUCAUGCGCUGAUUGGAUCAAGGAACAAGGAAGAAGUCAAAGAAGGGAUCGAUCUUUUUGAAGAUCUCCUCCGAGAAGAUUUGGACUACGGCAGCAACCGCGAUUAUCUGUACUUUCUGGCUGUGGCCAACGCCCGAAUGAAGAAAUUCGAUCGGGCUUUGAAUUAUAUCGAUGUUCUGCUCAAUGCCGAGUCUCACAAUCGCCAGGCCUCGGAUUUGAAAAAGAACAUCAAAGAAAAAAUGAGAAAAGAUGGCCUGCUCGGCGCGGCUAUCGUUGGAGGUGGAGCCGUUGUCGUUGGGGGGAUCCUUGCGGCUCUUUUGGCCAGUCGCAGGUGA